GCUUCUUCUCGUUUUCGAUAAACAACUCACAACUACUUUUUGGUCAAUAAAACUUGAAAAAAAAAGAAAAGAAUAUUAUAAAGAAGGGUGAGAUGCAGACCCCAUCGAUGGCUGCCUCCACUACUUUCUACUACCCGAUCCCCAAAAGCUUCCUUCUUUCUCCCCCUUCCCGUUACAAACGAAACCCUAAUAAUCUCAUCUCUUGCUCCGCCAAACCCACCUCUUCUCUGCAAACGACAAACCAUCGAAUCCAAAAGCAGAACCUUCCUCUACCACCCACUUUCGAAGAUUCCUUUCUCCUCUACCAAUUCAGCUCCCCAACAGAAGACCCAGGAUUCUCUAACCGGAUCUCUGACGGAGAACCGAUCGAAUUAGUUAUCCGCGGCGUAGAAGACGACAAUAAAAACUUGGUAAUUUCGUCGAACAUGUGGUGGGCAGAUCUGAAAGCGGCUCUUGGGCAACGAAUCAACGUAGAGGGCAUCGUCUCUUCCGUCGCCGUAAUCGUAAAAGACCGUCAUUUGGUUCUUCCCCAUGUUUCCGUCAGAGAUUUACGCUACAUUGAUUGGGGAGAGCUGAAGAAAAGGGGGUUCAAGGGUGUAGUCUUCGAUAAAGAUAACACACUUACUGCUCCUUACUCUCUAGCGAUCUGGCCACCACUCAGGCCUUCGAUUGAGCAGUGUAAGGCCGUGUUCGGACAUGACAUCGCCGUGUUUAGCAACUCAGCAGGGCUUACGGAAUAUGAUCAUGAUGAUUCGAAAGCUAAAGCAUUGGAGGCUGAAACAGGGAUUAGAGUGUUGAGACAUAGGACAAAGAAGCCUGCGGGGACUGCUGAAGAAGUUGAGAAACACUUUGGUUGCGCAUCUUCAGAGCUAAUCAUGGUGGGUGAUCGACCUUUUACAGAUAUCGUUUAUGGGAACAGAAACGGGUUUCUAACCGUGUUAACUGAACCGUUGAGUCGAGCUGAGGAACCUUUCAUUGUUAGGCAGGUGAGGAGAUUAGAGUUGGCCUUGUUGAAACGUUGGUUGAGAAAAGGUUUGAAGCCUGUGGAUCACAUUUUGGUAUCAGAUGUAACUCCAUUUGUUAAGGAUCUUUCAGAUUUGUAAGAUGGAUUCUCAGUUUGCUCAAGCAACAACUCUGUUCCUUGUUUUUUUUUUGGUGUAAUGGAAAUUUUGACUUUUGGCCAAGUGAGAAAUGGUAAUUCAAAGUUUGGGAUC